AUUAUAAGCGGGAUCAAUUAGCGUGUCAUCGAAGAAAGCACAGGAGCGUCCUCUCUCUCUCUCUCUCUCUCUCUCUCUCUCUCUCUCUCUGUUUACAGAGAAAAUAGGUAGUUUCCGGUUCAAAUUCCUGGCAUUCCUGUCACAGUAUGAAAAGAUGGGAACUCUUUCCCUCCUUUCGUUUUGUACCCAGAUUCUUCCCCCCGUAAUAGCACCGUCUUCAGUAGCAGUUGAUUCAAGGGAAGCUCUUUCUAGAGCAGUAAGGGAAAGGUUUCUGUGGAAUGGAGAGGUUUUGGUGGAGUUCCCUGUUUGAAUCGAAAUUUGGGGUGAAAUUAGGGUUUUAAGUGUUUCAGUUCAGUCGAUGAAAUUAGGGUUUUGAUGGUUGGUUUCCGUAGGCAACUGCGGCCUCGUGGGUUCUUGUCAGUUGUCAUGACCGAGUGUCGUAUUUCUACGGUGAAGUCCUGUUGACAAACCCAUCUCUCUCUCUGUUUUUUUUUUGAAAGCAAAGGAGGGUUCGGCUCUUCUCUCUCUUAUUGUUUACAGAGCAUAGGUAGUUUUCGGUUCAAAUUAGGGAAAGGUUUCUACGGAAUUGAGAGGUUUGGUGGAGUCUUUGUUUGAAUCGAAAUUUGGGGGUGAAAUUAGGGUUUUAUGCAUUUCGGUUCAGUCUAAGAAAUUAGGGUUUUGAUGGUUGGUUUCCGUCAAUGAUUAAAUUAUAUACUCGGAGGCUGAAAUUCGGAAUGCCAAACGUUUAGCGGCACAACAAGGCAGCGGAGAAGGGUAUUGAUUACUCAGAAGAUGAGGGAGAGGAAUGAUGGCGUAGGCAACUGCGGCCUUGUAGGUUCUUGUUACGCCGGAGUGUCGUAUUUCGACGGUGAAGCUGGAAAGUCGAGUUUUUGGCCGAAAUGGCCAUAAUUUGUAAUCAAAUUGGAGGAAUACCCAUCUAAUGAAAUGUUUUGUAAAAAUAGGCCAUCGCGCCUUUUCAAAACGCUUUAUAGCGGUUAGGCCAACUCCUACGUGGCGAAGGAGUCCUAGUCAGAUUGUUAUAGCGCUUUUUAGGAAGCGUUAUAGGCAGAUUAUUAUAGCGCCUUUUUACAAAGGCGUUAUAGGCAGCUUAUAACUCCUUCCCAAAAGGAGCUAUAGGUUUAAAAUCCAGGUAAAAUCCACACUUGAACAUAAAUCAAACCCUCUCCUUCUCCUCCUAUCUGCUCGCCCUUCUCUCUCCACGUCGAUCGCGACCUCUGAACCUGCGCGAUCUCCUCCAGCCACGUUCCUCGUCUCCGUCGUCCUGCUCUCCACCCUCCGUUUCACUCACAGAUGUGGACAGUGAUGGUGGACUUGUUAGCUACGGUGGAAGCUUAUCCAAAUUCAGAUGUCAAGAUCAGAAGCACUAGCUUGAAGGUAGCUCAAAAGAUAGAAUCCGAGGCAGAGUUUCAGAAUGACUUUCUCAACCAUCUGGGAGGGAACAAACGAUGACCUCGAGAACAACAAAUAAAAGACACGCCAAUUGAUAGUGAAGAACAUUUGCCUGGAAAAUUGAUCAAAUCUGCAAGCAAUCAAGAGACAGAGUUCUUUGUUUGAUUUGGUUGGAUUUGAGCUAUUGUCACUCAUUUUCUUACAGCCUAUUGCUAUUUUAUCUUCUACUUUAGGUAUGUAAAGUUGGAGACUUUUUUAGCCUUCCAUAUCAAGUUUUGGGUGUUCGAUGUACUUGACAUUUUUGGGUUUGAAGCUUGAUGACAUUCAAUGGUGUUGGAACCACUUGCCUCCAUCCUCUCCGCCUCUCAUUUACCAAUCCCAGUUACCUGCGCUUUUGAAGACCGAAAAGCUUUGACAAAGGCACAAAGCUGUCAUUAUUGUACAUUGGUGAUUGUAUGGGUUAGGGUCAGGAUUAUAAUCACCCCUCUAAUGCUGAAACAUAGAUAGAUGAGUUGAAAUUCACCGUGCAAUUGUUCUUGAUGAGUGGAUUAUAAUCACUCCUCUUCUGUCUUCUUCUUCGGUGAGAGCUGCCAGGCCAGGUCUCCUUUCCUUUUCUUCCUUUGGUUAGAGGAAAACAAACACAGAGACAGACUCCUCUGAUUUGGGCGUUUUGCUGAGCAGUGGGGCUGGAAACGGAACCCAGCAAUCAAGAGGGAAAUAGGUUUUUUGGCUUUCGAUUUUCUGGUUCCAUUUUGUGAAGCCCUUAUCUGCUGCUGUUGUUUAUGAUGGACGAAUGCAACUCUGGGUGCUUCAGGUUCCACUGGUUACAGAUAAAGAGACAAAUAAACCUAGAGGUUAUGCAUUCAUUUAAUACAAGGGUUAUGAAAGCUGCAUAUAAACAAGCUGAUGGGAAGAAGCUUUAUAACCGAAGAGUGCUUGUUGAUGUUGAACGUGGUAGAACUGUUCCAAACUGGUGGCCUCGUAGACUUGGCAGUGGACUUGGGACAACUAGGAUUGGAGGGAAAGACCUCAAUCAAAAGCAUUCUUGGAGGGAGAGGGAAAGUUCUCAUGAAAGGGGAAGAGAGCGAGAGUGGGAGAAAUCUUGUGAGCGUUCUCAUGACAGACCAAGGGAUCGUGAUCAGGUGCAAGAAAAAGGAAACAAGCAAACAAACUGUACCAAUAAUGCAAACUUGAUCUAUGCAACAGGUGCUCUACUGCAAUUGAUAUGAUUGAUUUGGCUUGGGACUUGGGAUUGCUUGAGGACCCAUGUAGAUGUGAGCCUCAACCUUUCUGUCAUGCACUCACAUGCACCUCUGGGAUAUGUAGUUUUGAGGUAGGAAAAAGGGUAUUUGUCCUUGGUCAUGUAUUCUUUUGUAGGCUUUUCCUGGACAAGCAGCUCCUAGCA